AUGAGUCCGGAGAGGGAGACUGAAGCAUCAGAAGACAUGUUAGAAUCCAUAGAUGAACUAAAAGAACGACUGUCAUCAAUGAAACGCAUGAUGGAGGAAAGGAAAGCUGCCGGUUCGGGCACCAAAGACUUAUUCCAGGGUCAAGCCAGAAGCCUCCAAGGGACAACCAUGAUCGACGGCAAUUUUCUAAGCUUCGUUUUCGGAGGAUCUUUGAUAGUGAUACUCAGUGUGUCCGUUUAUGCCUUCUAUAAUUUAUACCACGCAGUGUUAAAGAAGUUCCCGUCUACCCACACGGAGUUGUAA